AUGGCCACUCUUAACUUGUCCACCAACGGGCCUUCGAUAGCAAAGAGCUACCAGGCCGUGAUCGACUCGGCUCUGCCCGGUUCGAACUCCCCUACUUACGGACAAUGGGUCGUCUUCUCUGUUUCGACCCCUCUUAUCAAUGCCUUUCAGCAAGACUCUGGCAACAAAGAGAGUGUCUUGAAGGUUCAAGAUACCGGAGCUGGUGACCUGGUGGACUUGAUUGAGGAGUUCUCUGAGGGCAAAAUUCAAUUUGCUCUUGUAAAGAUUCUCGAUCCAAACUCGGGGCUCCCUAAGAACGUCCUCAUUGCCUGGUGUGGGGAGGGCGUACCUGAGCGUACUAAGGGGUAUUUUACCAGUCAUCUCGCCGCUGUUUCUAAAUUCCUGCAUGGCUAUCAUGUGCAAAUAACCGCUCGUUCCGAUCAAGACCUGACCGCGGAGGGUAUAAUACAGAAAGUUGGGGAUGCGUCCGGAGCGAAGUAUACCCCGGGAUCAGAUCGGCCUACAUCUACUCCAAAGCCCCCGGUAUCAACUAAACCUGUCUUUAACCCCACACGGACCGGUGGCACUGUUGCGAACAACCCAGCAGUUGCUGCAUCACGAGUGGCUGCAACAAGGAGUGGGGAUGAUGGCUGGGGUCCUGAUGCGCCCCCAGUCACGAGGACUGGUCUUCAAAAAGUCCAGUCAGCUUACAGACCCACCAAGGUGAACAUUCUAGAGCUCAAAGCCGGUGGGCAGUCUGACUCUGGUUUCGCGGUUUCCCGAGACACCGAGGACCGUGACGAAAUUGUCAAAGGUGGCUACAAGCCUAUCGGGAAGGUCGACAUUGCUGCCAUAAGAAGACAAGCACGUGAAGCAGGCAAUCUAGCUGACGAUCGUCCUGAGCCCGUGAAAGGUGCAUAUCAGCCAGUUGGGAAGGUCGAUAUCGCUGCAAUCCGGGCUAAAGCACAGGGUGGAAUCAUUGAUCCCGUCAACGAGCCGACCUCUUUCGAGCCAAGGCCUUUACCGGACAUGACUGGGUCCUCUAAGCCGUCAACUGCAUCCCCUGUUGCGAGCCAAUAUGAACGCCUGACUAGCUUACCAAAACCGAAAGUGGCAAAGAACAUCACUUCAAAUUCCACAUUCGUCGGAACGAAGCCCCCCUUGCCUACCCAAACGUCUCAGGCUACGGCACCGUUAGUGGGCAGUGCGAGUCGUACAUUUGCGGAUGAAGGGGGAAAAACACCCGCACAGCUCUGGUCAGAGCGCAAGGCUAGGGAACGUGGCUCGGCUUUUCACUCAACCUCAUCCAACUCACCGGACGCGGAAAUAAGUGCAUUAACCCACACUGAUGUUGAGUCACCACAGGGCAAUUCCCCCAAGCACCCUGUACAUGUUGCCCAAUCUCGCGAUAUACCACAAUUUUCCGAACAUCCUCUAGGUGCGCAAAAAUCGGAUCGUGGCUUAGACACGGAGUCUGCGCAGGAAAGCACAAAUGUCAAUCCCAGCCACAUGAGUCAGGACGUGUCUGGGAGCUUGAACCAUGAGAAAGAAAUUGUUCCGCCGACUAGCCGCACUGUGCCUGUGCCAGAACUUCCCAGAACUGUCCCGGCGACUGACUCAGAGGAAUCAUAUCAGCCUAGAGGCUUUGAUUCGCUUCCGACGCCUCCUCAGCAGCCUCGGUCUCCUACUCCUCCUACACCUUCAAUGACAGAGCGCGAACUUUCGCCCAUACGUGUGGCUGCUCCUGUUGGUAAAGGACUGACGGAUAUUCAGAGUGAACAACAGUCACCACCUCCUGCACUCCCCACUGAAAGCUUGCAGCAGGCGUUGCCAAAAGAAGAUGACUUGGAAGAUGAUGCGCACGAUAUCGGGCGUGCAACCGCUGAAGCUACUGUGAAUGAGGACUUUCAGCAAAAGGCUAUCCAGGCGGUGGUGCUUUAUGACUACGAGAAAGCAGAGGACAAUGAGAUUGAACUUAAGGAAGGCGAGUUCGUCAACAACGUCGAAACGGUCGACAAGGAUUGGUGGCUGGGGUCUAAUGUCCAAGGUGACAGAGGUCUGUUUCCCAGCAACUAUGUAGAGAUCGUCACAGAUCCGUCGCAGAGCCACGAUGUGGCGGACAGGCAAACUCCUCUGGUCGAUGAAAGAGCUCCGCCCUUGUCCAAUGUUGAACCUGCCCCAUCUACUAUCACCCCUGAACCAGCUGGCGAACCUGUUGCGGUCGCAUUGUACGACUAUGAGGCCGCGGAGGACAAUGAACUGAGCUUCCCCGAGGGUGCUGAGAUAACACAUAUUGAGUUUCCGGAUGAUGACUGGUGGUUCGGCCACUAUGAUGGGAAAACAGGACUAUUCCCUGCGAACUAUGUGCAAAUUGGAAAUUGA